AUGGGAGACGAGUAUCUUCAGUCCAUACCUAUUCAGAGGGGUCCAGCCACAACAGGUGUAGAUGGGAUUCUCAUCAAAGGCUCCUCUCCGGACAGGGGAAAGCAACUGCCCGGGGCUGGGUCGGGCCGAGCCAAGGCGGGGCGGGGCGGAGCGCCGGCGGGCCUAGAAAACAGGCCCGGGUCGGGCCCCAGCAAAGGCAGAGCCAUGGGGGACUCGUUCGAGGAGCGCACAGCCCGGCUGCUGAUGGACUUCUUGGAGUACUGCGCCCGGGAGCCCGGCACCGCCGCUCGGGCGCCGUCCUCGCCCGAGGCCGCCGUGCUGCGCCACGUGGCCGCCCGGAUACAGGAGACGAACCUGAACUUCUUCUCCCAAUACCGCGGCUUCCGCGGGAACCGCGCCCAGCUGGUGGCCUCGAUGGCGCAGGAGCUACUCGCCAGCGACCGUGGUGGCCCCCCCUGGGGCCGCGUGGCAGUGCUCGUGACCUUCGCGGGGACGCUGCUGGAGAGAUCGCCGCAGGGGGCCCGUAGGGGGAAGAAGAUGGAGAACGACGACGUUAGCAAGGACUGCCGGCUCCUGGUGGCCUUGCUGUGUGCUCAGCUCUCUGGACAGCACCGCGCCUGGCUGAUGGCAAACGGCGGCUGGGAUGGAUUUUGUCUCUUCUUCCAACGCCCACUGCAGCCAUCUUGGGAAAGACAGCUGGUCUGGGUUUUUCUCUCAUACUGUACAGCAAUAAUGUUAAUCUACUUCUGGAAAAAAAUUCAGCCUACACAGACCCAACCAAGCUUGCUAGCAGGCAAGGGAAAAGCUUAUGUGAGGACAAGAAGCCUGUUCAGAUCUGCUUCAGCAACAUCUUCAUGGCCAAAGCUGUUGUGAGGCUAGUAAAACAAGACUUGGAC